AUGGAUUCCACUUCUUCCAGUCUUCUCUUGUGCUCUCCUCCAUUUCAUACAAACGAUGAAACUGGGGCUUUUGUUUUUGACUCAUCUUUCUUGCAAAAAGAAGCCAGCUUGCCCACAGCGUUCAUUUGGCCAAAUGGAGACUUAGUUCGCAACCAAGAUGAGCUUAAAGAGCCACUGAUCGACUUGGAAGGAUUCCUGAAGGGUGAUGAGGUUGCAACUGCUCAAGCUGCUGAGCUUGUUAGGACUGCUUGCUUGAACCACGGCUUCUUUCAAGUCACCAACCAUGGUGUCGAUAUAAGUCUCAUUCAUGCUGCUCAUGAAGGGAUUGAUAAAAUUUUUAAGCUGCCUCUUGACAAGAAACUCAGUGUGCUUAGAAAGCCAGGGGACGUGAGUGGAUAUUCUGGUGCCCAUGCACAUCGAUAUUCAUCCAAGUUGCCAUGGAAGGAGACAUUUUCUUUUGGCUACCAUGGGGAUGACGAUUCUGAGCCACUUGUUGUUGACUACUUCAAAUCUGUCGUAGGAGAAGAUUUUCAACAGACAGGGUGGGUUUACCAAAGAUACUGUGAAGCAAUGAAGAAAGUAUCUCUAUUGAUUUUUGAGCUGCUCGCCAUUAGCUUGGGAGUUGAUCGUUUACACUAUCGGAAGUUCUUUGAAGAUGGUAGCUCCAUAAUGAGGUGCAACUAUUAUCCACCUUGCAAUAAUUCUACUCUUACUCUUGGCACUGGUCCUCAUUGUGACCCAACUUCCUUAACAAUACUUCAUCAAGACCAAGUUGGUGGUCUUGAAGUCUUUGCAAACAACAAAUGGCAAACAAUCCAACCUCGUCCAGAAGCCCUGGUUGUAAACAUCGGUGAUACCUUUAUGGCAUUAUCUAAUGGGAGAUACAAAAGUUGCCUUCAUAGAGCAGUGGUAAAUAGGCACAGAGAGAGAAGAUCAUUGGUUUUCUUUGUGAGUCCAAAAGAGGAAAAAGUAGUGAGACCCCCGCAAGAUCUUGUUUGCAGAGAAGGGCCAAGGAAGUACCCGGAUUUCACAUGGUCGGAUUUGUUGGAGUUUACGCAAAAGCACUACAGAGCUGAUGUCGCCACUCUCCACAGCUUCAUUCAAUGGCUUUUAUCUUCUAAACCAUCUACCUUUUAG